AUGGUCGAGCAAUACAAGUUUUAAGCAAGAAAAGCAUUUAGUUCGGCGCAAACUAAAGCAGUGCUAGCUAAUCAGCUUCCAGACAAAAUUAAGGGCUUCAGUAAAAUGUUGUUCCAUAGGUAAAAUAUUUUGUCUAUAAAAAAUGAAUAGCGAAAUCUAAUGAAUAAAUUGCCUUUAACUAAAGUAAAUCCUUCAUUUGAUCAAUCUCCUAGAGAUUAUUAGACUACAAAUUCAGAAUAGAAAUUAUCGUCACGCGCAAAUAAUCAUAACGGUGGAGGAGGUUCAAGUACAAUACAGUCAUAGAGAAAAAACGUUCCUGUAUUAACUAACAAUGGAAAGAAUACUCAUCAUUUGGCUUUUAGAAGACAUCAAGUUAUGGACAUAACAGAUGACGCAAAUACUAAUUCAUACAAUAAGCUGACUAUUCAAAAUGAAGGUGAUGGUAGUAGUAUUGAAGCUUUAGAAAAUAAAGAUGGUUACAACAAUCAUAGCCAACCACCUCCAGCUUACAACAUUUUCUAUCAUACAAAUUAAGACUCCAACAGAAAAUAAAACUUGAUUGGAGAAAAUAGUGUUUCAUCAACUCGGGAGAAAAUUUAAAAUUAAUUUUUCAAAGUGAAAAAGACCAAUGGAAUUGGUAACUUGCCUGCUGAAAAUAGUCAGACUAACAACUCUGGCAUUAAUCCAAUAAAUGAAAGUCACAGUACAUCUAAUAAUAACCUUAAUACCAUUCUAACGGGCAUGAGUAAUAGGUUAAAUAAUACAAAUAAUUUAAAUGCAACUGGUGGAAAUAUGAGUGAAGCAUCUCAAUCUUAGACUAGAUAUGGAAUAACAUAACUUCUGAAAAGUCUAAAUUCUACAACAUAAAGUAACGAUCUGUAAGCAUCGCUUCAUGCUACGAACUAAAGUCUGAAAGAAAGCAAGCUUUUCAAGAUUAAUCAGAGUAAAAAGAAACUAGAUACUGCUAGGAAAUCAAGAAUACAACAACUCUAAUAGGACUAAGGAGCAAAUACAACAGCAAGUAUAUUAAUUGCUAACAAUAAUAGUAUUUCUCAACAGCCACCAGAGGUUAGAAAUAAUAACUAACCCCCACUUCUCUCUGCAAUAGCAUAGAAAAAAAGAUCUUUUAUUGUUCCAAAGGUAAAAGUUGAUAAUAGUGGUUAGAUUGUAUAAUAAUAAUUUAAUCCAGUUAUCUAAACUCCUUAAAACAAGGUGAGUGCUCGUGAGAACACUAAUAGAAACACUGCAUAAACAACAGCCAACAUUUCUUAGUAAUUAUUAUAAAACGUCUAUAUGAGUUCUAAUUCAAAGAGAUUAUCACAUCCACCUGAGGAAGUAUCUACAACUAGUAAUGACUAGUCAUCGUAGCCUUAAAAGUAUAUUAAAAGAGGAUAAAUACUAAGAAUGAUGAAGCAGAAACAAUAAGAGACAGCUUCAUAGAAUUAGUCCAUUCCACUUGACUCUUCGCUUGAAAGAUAGUAAUAAAACCAAAAUUCCUUGAAUAGAGUUGAAUCAAAGAAAGAUCUUGGGACAAUGAAUAAAGAAGGAGGAUAAUCGAACUAGCUUAUAUAAAAAUCUCAGCAUUUCGUGAAAGAGGAGCUCAUUAUACAUGAAAAUAUAAAUGACAGCAGUUGCACUCCAAAAGAUCAUUCAUUUGCUAUAUAAAAUGAUUAACCUAAAUAUUAAUAGAAAAAUACUGAGUAAAUGAAAAAAGAGUUAGAUGAAAAAUCAGAUUAGCAGACACAAAUCUAAUUGAUUAUCAUUAAGGAUGGUGAUAAUGAAGAUCUUAUUCACGAAGAUGUACUUUAACCUUAAUAAGUAAUUGAUGCUCUUAAAAAGCAGGAAACGUUUAAUGAUUCUUAAGCAUAGACAAGAACAUAAACCUUAAAUAUACAAAAAACAGCUCCUUAAUCUACAGAAGCAAAGCCAAAGCUUAAUUAAAGACAUUAUAAUCACUCAUAAAAUACCAUAAAGUCUCCUUAGUUUCCGAUGAAGCCAGGUAAAGCAUUGAAACUUUUUAUGAAGUAAUUAACAGAUUAUGAAAUGGGAGAAAUCUUAGAUUAUUAAGAGAUUUAUUAUCUGGGACUUAAUGCUAAAAAGGUACAGGGAUCCCCUAGAAACGAGCAUAAUUGUGGUUAUGACGAUGAAAAAGGAGAUUAUAAAAUAAUUAUCAAUGAUCACAUUGGCUACAGAUAUGAAGUCAUAUCUUUUAUUGGGAAAGGCUCAUUCGGAACUGCAUUAAAAUGCUUUGACCAUAAAAAUAAAGAGGAGGUAGCACUUAAGAUUGUAAAAAAUAAAAAGAAAUACUAAUAUCAGGCAGGCAUAGAGUUAAAAAUAUUGAAUUUUCUAAAAGAAAAUGACUAAGAUGACAUAAUGAAUGUGAUUCAUAUGAAAGAUUAUGUUAUAUUUAGAAAACACUUGUGUAUUAGUUUCGAGCUUUUGAGUAUGAAUCUAUUUGAGUUCUUGAAAAUAAAUGAUUUUAAUGGAUUUGAUCAUAAUUUAAUUCGCAGAUUUGCUAUUUAGUUACUAUACGCACUAAAAUAUUUAAAAGAAUUCCAAAUUAUUCAUUGCGAUCUUAAGCCAGAGAACAUUCUUUUGAAAGAGGCUAAUAAAUCAGGAAUCAAAAUUAUUGAUUUUGGGUCUUCAACGUUUAUUGAUGAGAGAGUCUAUACUUAUAUCCAGUCAAGAUUUUAUAGAGCACCUGAAAUUAUGUUAGGAAUUCCUUAUACUUGUGCUAUAGAUAUGUGGUCAUUUGGUUGUAUUAUGGCAGAAUUAUAUAUAGGCUAUCCAAUAUUUCCUGGUGAAAGUGAAAAUGAUUAAAUGUCUAGGAUUAUUGAGAUGGUUAACAUUCCAUCAAGAGAAGUGUACGAGGUAUCUCAGAGGAGAUCUAAAUUCUUUAAUGAAAACACUAAGGGAGAUUAUGAGCCUAUUAUGCUUCCUAAUUCUAGAGGUAAACUCAGGAUACCAGGCGGAAAACCUUUAAGUUUAUUAAUCGGAGAUGAAGAUCCAGAUUUCCUAGAUUUUGUUGAAAAAUGCCUUGAAUGGAAUCCUGAAACAAGAAUGAGCCCCGAUGAUGCGUUAAGACAUAUCUGGGUCUUGAAAGGUUUACCACCCUAAGUUUUAAUACAUCACCAAAGGAUGCAUAACAUAACUACUCCUGAGCUUCCUGAUGCUGUAAGGUUAGCUAGAGAUAAAUUUUUCCUUGAAGCUACUAUUUAAAAUGAUAACGCUUCAUAAUUAGCAGGGAGGGAAACCUAAUAAACAUAAUAAAGCUCUAACAGUAAAACAAUAUAAUCUUCAACAGCUAAAAAUAAAAAUUAGCAAUAAAAGACCGAAACACUGAAAUCCCUUGAAAGAGCCUAAAUUAAGAACUAGCUCACCUAGAUAAAUCAUAAUAAACAGCAUUAAAAUCAAAUAGUUUAACCAAAAAAUAAUGCUUUAGUUCUGCAUAGUAAAUUAAACCCAUAAGAUAAUACGAAUAUUAGCAAAGUAAAGGAUGAGUCUAAGUACGCCUCAUAGAUUACACUUACUUCUAAUAACGAUACAAGUGGGAACUAAAAUAAAUAAAAAAGGGGUUUGAGAGCAGAAAUGGUAAAGAAGUUCAGUUGGUAUCCCGCAGAAGACGAGAAGAAGCACUAAAAGAAGACCAAGCCCAAGGGCACCAAGUUGAGAAGAGGUCUCGUCCCAGGUAGCGUACUCAUCGUUCUUUCAGGAAGAUUCAGAGGCAAGAGAGUUGUUUUCCUCAAGCAACUCACCUCAGGUCUCCUCCUCGUUACUGGACCCUACAAGGUCAACGGUGUUCCCCUCAAGAGAGUGAACCAAGCCUACACCAUCACCACUAGCACUAAAGUUAAUUUGAACGGUGUAGAUGUCUCCAAGGUUGAUGAUGCUUUGUUCAAGAGAGAAAAGAAGAGCAAGAAACAAGGUGAGGACAAGUUCUUCGCUGAAUCCGGAAAGAAGAAGGAGGUCUCAGCAGGAAGAUUGGAAGCACAGAAAUCUGUCGACACUGCCAUCUUAAAGAACAUCAAAGAAUCCAAGGAACCCCUCCUCAGAAAGUAUCUCAACGCUCGCUUCUCUCUCGGCAACAACGACAAGGUCCACGAAUUACACUUCUGA